AUGGGCAGCAAUCAAGAGCUGGAUAGACUAAACUUUCAGACGAUCAAGACGAAGGGCUUAUUUAGCAAAUUUCCUGAGAGCCUUCUGCUGCGCAGGGAGCAGAUCCGCGGAGAGCCUGGCCCGCACACGAGGAGCCGUCAAGGCUGGAAGGAAAUCCAGGCCCUCCUGGCGGGCCCAAACCUGCCGCUGUUGCCUGCGCUUUCCGACACCUUCCCCGCGGCAGGGGAGCGGUUAUGGGCCUUCCGCCUGUGCGGGCACCUGCAGCGGGAGGUUCACCGGCUGUCUCUGGAGUGCCGCACCGAGAGGCUGAUCCUGGACGCCCCGAGGAGCGCUGCGUGUGCAGCUACGGAGAGCGACCUGCGGAAGGUGCACGCCGUUCUGAGCCGCUUUGUAAAACCAGGCUUCCUGCAACUCCGUGUUCACCGGCUGCUCAACGAUAAGAUUUGGGCCAUGCCCAGGCAGAGGAGUUGGGUGGAAAUCAGUGACUAUUUUACACCCAGGGAGAUCAUCACCCGGGACAUAAGCCAGGUGUUCUGCACUGAGCUCUUUCUGGACUGCAUCACUGCUUUAGCAAAGCACUACCAGAAAUGUGUUUCUAAGGGUCUUCCUGAUGCUGUGAUAUGUUCCACUGCCCAUCCUAAUCACCAGGUUACUCAAACUGCUCUUCACAGCUUGCCUGCCUUGAGUUCGCCUAUAGCCCCCCUUAAUACUGAGGAGUGCAUCAAGCAAUCUUUGAGUGACAUUUGCACAGAGCUUGCUGCCAGGCUGUGCCUGGAUGAGCUUGCAGUGGUUCAGAACUCUGUACAGCUGGUAGGCACCAACGAGGACACUACCAACAGGCAGGUCCUUGAAGAUGCACACAAAGUGGACCAGAAGGGCCUGAACAACUGCACUUGCCAUUUUAACCAGACGCUGCAGCUGCCCUGCUGGCACAUCCUGGCUGUGCUGCAUUUGGACAGAAAGACCUUACAGGCAGAGAUGCUAAGCAAGCAGUGGCAGAAAGGACGAGAUGCCUGUUGGGCAGGGAGAGGUGGCACUGAUGGCCUCUUGGAGGUUCUGAAAAGCUCCUGGAAUGAGUCUUCGGAUAAAUUCUUCAUAGUGUCCCUCCUUACAGCAAAUCAGCUGCUCACCCACUGCAGCAGCGAGGAGUUUGAACUCAGAUACAAUACUCUCCAAGAGCUGGCUGAUAGCUGGAUUGGACCUUAUGUUCAGGUGAAGCUAUAAUAGAGAAAUGCAGAGCUGAA